AUGCACAAUGUUCAGUCGUCGAAAAAUAACCUUGUUGCACUUUCUUCAUUAGUCUGUACAUCUAUCUAUCUAUCUAUCUAUCUAUCUAUCUAUCUAUCUAUCUACUUCAGUCUUUUCAUUAUCUAUCUAUCUAUCUAUCUAUCUAUCUAUCUAUCUAUCUAUCUUUUCAUUAUCUAUCUAUCUAUCUAUCUAUCUAUCUAUCUAUCUAUCUAUCUAUCUAUCUAUCUAUCUCACUCUGGCUUACGGCCACAUCAUGUUGAAACAUCGCUUCCCAGCUACUUCUCUCUCUCUCUCUCUCUCUCUCUCUCUCUCUCUCUCUCUCUCUCUCUGACAGCUCGACAUCUAUCUAUCUAUCUAUCUAUCUAUCUAUCUAUCUAUCUAUCUCAGUCUUUUAUUAUCUAUCUAUUUCAGUCUCUUAUUAUCUAUCUAUUUCGGUAUCCUCUUAUCUAUUUGUCUGUUCUUUAUCUAUCUAUCUAUCUAUCUAUCUAUCUCAUUCUCGUCGCCUAUCAUAUUCUCAUCAUCUAUAUGUGUCUAUCGCAUUCUCCUCAUCUUAUCUAUCUAUCUAUCUAUCUAUCUAUCUAUCAAUCUAUAUUAGUUACGAUAACAUUACAAAAUGAAACAAGAAUAGAGAUCCAUAUGCUUAGUCUAUUCAUAGCUAUCUUUGUUCCUAUAACGAGGUCACUGCCAUCCUCAUAUCUAUCUAUCUAUCUAUCUAUCUAUCUAUCUAUCUACUUCAGUCUUUUCAUUAUCUAUCUAUCUGUUGUGUCAAGUUUCAACACAAUCUAUCUAUCUAUCUAUCUAUCUAUCUAUCUAUCUAUCUGCUUCAAUCUUUUCAUUAUCUAUCUAUCUAUCUAUCUAUGUUCAUAUCGAUCUGUCUCUCUUUUUUAUUCUGUUCAUAUUUUAUCUAUCUUUAUCUGGUAUACAGCUUGUCUUUGA